AUGGGGCAGAGUUCGAAGAAAAAGAAAAAGCGCGGCGGUGGCGGUGGCGGAGGAGGAGGCCGCCGGGCACCUUCAAAGGAUCGUAAUUCUUUCAGUGAGGCAACUUCCGAAGUCAUUGCCGAGGAGCUCACGGCGUUGUGCGCAAUAUUUCAAGAUGAUUGCAAAGUUAUUUCCGGAUCACCUCCUCAAGUUCACGUCAAACUCAGGCCAUACUCGAAGGAUACAGGCUAUGAGGAAUCAGAUCUUUCGGCUCUUCUUUUGGUAAGAUUUUUACCUGGUUAUCCCAACAAAUGCCCGAAGCUGCAAAUAAUUUCAGAGACAGGAUUGUCAGAAGUUGAUGCAGAGAAUCUUCUAACCUUGCUUCACGAUCAGGCAAAUUCCAAUGCUCGUGAAGGGCGUGUCAUGAUUUACAAUUUGGUGGAGGCUGCUCAAGAAUUCUUGUCUGAAGUUAUUCCGCAGUCUCAGGUGCAUGAUUCAGUUAUAUCAGAUAAGAGUACCCAGUCUCAAAAGGAGGCUGCACUUUCCUCCGGCAUGGCAUCCUUUUCUAGAGGACCUUUUGUCCAUGGUUACAUAGACCUUUUUAGCGGAUGUGGAGAAUCAUGGCGUUGGAGUUUGGGAAUCGAAGAGAGUACUAGCUUUAGCACUUUGGUUCAUUCCAAUCCUCAAGAUUCUUACAAAGUUCAAAAUGAUAGUCUAAGCUCCAAGAUAGAACAAAAUAUGAGACCUGUGGCAAUUCAAGGAGCUAAGCCAGAGUUUGCUCGUAACCCUUCAUCAAAACUAGUCACUCUUGAAGAGGAGAGUGAUGAUGAUAUUAAGAGUACUGAUUCAAGUCGGACACUAUCCAGUGCCAGUGGAACGGUCAGAACUAGUGGGGUUGGUGUAAAGGAUAUAUUUGUGCCGCAGAGUCUGUCAGAAACAGAGGAUAGCGAUCAAGAUAGUGAAAGUUCUGGAUCAGUUUCUUCAAAAUCUGAAUUUAAUGAUCAAGUGUCUCAGACAAUGAGAAUGGAUUUAGUUUUGGCUCACCUACUUCGCCUAGCUUGCGCACCCAAGGGCCCACUAGGUGACACGUUACCACAAAUCGCAUCGGAAUUGUAUGACAUGGGGAUACUAUCAGAGCGCGUGCGAAAUAUGGCCACUGAACCAUCUUCAUUGUUUGACAAAGCUUUCAAUCAUGUCUUUGGCCGGUAUACGGUCUCAUCAAAGAUCUGCCAGUUUUGGAGAACUGUUGAUGAUUUUGAAAGACAGAAUUCGUCCUCCAUGUCUAGCUCGCGUUAUCUGAGUGACUUUGAGGAGCUCCAACCCCUGGGGCAUGGAGGCUUUGGUCAUGUUGUGCUGUGUAAGAAUAAGAUAGAUGGAAGGCAGUAUGCUGUAAAGAAGAUUCGGUUGAAGGACAAGAGCCCACCAGUAAAUGAUCGCAUAUUGAGGGAAGUAGCUACUCUCUCUCGGUUGCAACACCAACAUGUUGUACGCUAUUACCAAGCAUGGUUUGAAACAGGAGUUGCUGGUUGCUUCGGUGAUGCUACUCAGGGUUCAAAAGCAACUAUCAGCUCAACGUUCAGUUCCAUGGAUGGAACAUCAUCAGAUCUUAUUGCGCCUGAAAAUAAGCUGGAGUCAACAUACUUAUACAUUCAAAUGGAGUACUGCCCAAGGACUCUUCGACAGAUGUUUGAGUUUUAUAAUCAUUUUGAUAAAGAACUUGCGUGGCAUUUAUUUCGUCAAAUUGUUGAAGGCCUGGCACAUAUACACGCCCAAGGAAUCAUUCAUCGUGACUUGACCCCAAGUAACAUCUUUUUUGAUGCUCGUAAUGACAUCAAAAUUGGGGAUUUUGGCCUAGCUAAAUUCUUGAAGCUGGAACAAGUGGAACAGGAGAUUGAUGCCACAGAAACGAUUGGAGUUUCAGUCGAUGGUACUGGCCAAGUUGGUACGUACUUCUAUACUGCUCCUGAAAUAGAGCAAGGGUGGCCAAAGAUCAAUGAGAAGGCUGACAUGUACAGUUUAGGAGUUGUUUUCUUUGAGCUUUGGCACCCAUUUGGCACAGCGAUGGAAAGACAUAUUAUUCUUUCUGAAUUGAAACAAAAGGGAGAACUUCCAUCUACCUGGGUUUCUGAAUUCCCAGAGCAAGCAUCCUUGUUACGUCUUUUGAUGUCAUCUAGUCCUUCUGAGCGUCCAUCUGCCACAGAACUUCUUCAACAUGCUUUUCCUCCCAGAAUGGAGAAUGAGCUUUUGGACAAUAUCCUGCGGACAAUCCAUACCUCUGAAGACACUGGUGUGUAUGACAAAAUUGUGGGUGCUAUUUUUAACGAGGAAACAUUGACCAGCAACGAACAUGAGAGAGUUGGAAGAUCGAAACCGGUUGGAGGUGAUGCCUCUUCUCUCUUGCUCACGGAUGUCAAUACGAGUUACCGUGACCAGGUUUUUGAGGUGGCUGUUAGAGUAUUUAGACAGCAUUGUGCAAAGCGUUUAGAGAACAUAGCAAUGCGGAUGCUAGGAGAUUUUCCUCAGUUUAAUAGGAAUACUGUGAAACUUUUGACUCAAGGAGGGGAUAUGAUUGAACUUUGCCAUGAGCUACGCUUACAAUUUGUCAAAUGGGUCAUUGCGAAUCAGAAAUCCUUCUUCAAAAGAUAUGAAGUAUCAUAUGUCUAUCGAAGAGCAAUUGGCCAUUCACCACCAAAUCGAUACCUCCAGGGGGAUUUUGACAUUGUUGGAGGUGCUGUAGCGUUGACAGAGGCUGAGGUCAUCAAGACUGCAAUGGAUAUUAUCGGUAAGUUCUUUCAUCCAGAUUCAUGUGAUAUUCACUUGAAUCAUGGAGAUCUGCUUGAGGCAAUUUGGUCAUGGACGGGCGUAAAGCCUGAGCAUAGGCAGAAAGUUGCAGAGCUUCUCUCAUUAUUGGGGUCUUUACGUCCUCAAUCAUCUGAAAGAAAGUCAAAAUGGGUGGUGAUUAGGCGACAGCUUCAACAGGAACUUAAUCUUAGUGAAGCUGCUGUAAAUAGAUUGCAGACAGUUGGAUUGAGGUUCUGUGGAGCCGUUGAUCAGGCUCUCGCAAGGCUAAGAGGAGCUCUUCCUGCUGACAAAUCCACACGCAAGGCACUUGAUGAAUUGUCAGAGCUCUGGAAGUAUUUAAGAAUUUGGAAGCUUGAUGGAUGCAUUUUUGUGGAUGCACUCAUGGCACCAACUGAGAGUUACCACAGGAAUAUAUUUUUCCAGAUAUACCUGAGAAAGAACACCGGAUCUUUGAUUGAAGGAACCUUGCUUGCUGUCGGUGGUCGGUAUGACCACUUGCUUCAUGAUAUUGGAGAAAAUGAGCAUAAAGCAAAUCCUCCGGGUGCUGUUGGCACUAGUAUUGCGUUGGAGACAAUUUUGUUGCAAUAUAAUCUGGGGGAGACAAAAUUCUUGAGAAAUGAUUUUGGUAUGGAUAUACUUGUUUGCUCAAGAGGUGGUGGUGGGCUAAUUGAGGAGCGCAUGACACUAGUGGCUGACCUGUGGAAUGAAAACAUCAGGGCAGAAUUUGUUCCCAUAUGUGAUCCAAGCCUCACUGAGCAGUACGAAUAUGCCAAUGACAAUGAUAUCAAAUGUCUUGUGAUCAUAACUGAUGCUGGUGUAUCUCAAACGGAUUCAGUGAAGGUUCGCCAUCUUGAACUAAAAAAGGAAAAAGAAGUAGCAAAAGACGAUCUUGUCAAAUUUCUCUCAGAAGCAAUGGCAACACAAUUUAGAAAUCCAAACAUAUGGAACUAG